CUUGUUGUAUAGACGAACCCAUCACUUCACUAUCAUUUCACUCAUCGAGCUCCAUGUUUAUGUUAAACAAUUUAGUACAAUUGAGGUCUGUUUUCUUGUGAUUGAGCUAGUAUAUACUUUUGGAAACUUAAGUGAAAUGACAUGUUUGAUAUUUGACAAAAGCAAGAAAUCAAGUUCUAGUGCAGUCUAGUGCAGGAAUAAAAAACAGUCCUUUGGUAACCUUUGGUGUCGGCCCAAGAAAUUCAGCGGUGGUUCGCUCGCUCAAUGCGUCUAUCACGGCAGUGAAACCCCAAGUGACGACGACGACAACUACAACAACAACAUCAACAACAACCACCACCCACUCUUACAGGUGGGAACAAUUAGCAACAGCUGCAUUUUCCAUAAACAACUUCAAUUAAUUCAACUCUACGCCAUACAAUGGCCGAGUCCAGUGACUUGGAUCGGCAAAUCGAGCAGCUUAAGAAAUGUGAGAUUAUCAAGGAGGCUGAGGUCAAAGCUCUAUGUGCAAAGGCACGAGAGAUUCUAAUUGAGGAGAGCAAUGUACAACGUGUUGACUCACCUGUGACGGUUUGUGGAGAUAUCCAUGGACAGUUUUAUGAUUUGAAGGAACUAUUUAAAGUAGGUGGAGAUGUGCCAGAAACAAAUUAUCUUUUUAUGGGAGAUUUUGUAGAUCGAGGUUUUUAUAGUGUUGAAACGUUUCUUCUUUUACUUGCAUUAAAGGUCCGUUAUCCUGACAGAAUUACUUUAAUAAGAGGAAAUCAUGAAUCACGGCAAAUAACACAAGUUUAUGGUUUUUAUGACGAGUGCUUACGCAAAUACGGCAGUAUAACAGUAUGGCGAUAUUGCACAGAGAUAUUCGACUAUUUAUCAUUAUCUGCUAUUAUCGAUGGCAAGAUCUUUUGUGUUCAUGGUGGAUUAUCGCCUAGUAUCCAAACAUUAGAUCAAAUUCGAACUAUCGACAGAAAGCAAGAAGUUCCUCACGAUGGGCCAAUGUGUGAUUUACUAUGGUCAGAUCCUGAGGAUACCCAAGGCUGGGGUGUGUCGCCGCGCGGCGCCGGUUAUCUCUUUGGUAGCGACGUGGUAGCUCAGUUCAAUUCUGCCAACGAUAUCGAUAUGAUAUGUCGAGCUCAUCAACUAGUAAUGGAAGGCUACAAGUGGCACUUUAACGAGACUGUAUUGACCGUCUGGUCUGCGCCAAAUUAUUGUUACAGAUGCGGCAAUGUAGCUGCAAUACUGGAACUAAACGAGCAUCUACAGAGAGACUUUACGAUAUUUGAAGCGGCACCACAGGAAAGCCGUGGAAUACCCAGCAAGAAGCCACAAGCAGAUUAUUUUUUAUAAACGCUGUUG